AUGGACCCUGCCAAGGAAACCGCCAUUCUCCUCUGCGGUAUCAUUGUAGAGAAUCUCAAGAAGCCAGUCUCAGAGAGCUCGUCCAUCCAGCAAGAUAUCGAGAAGACAUUCAGGAGCGAGCUCCAGAGAGUCCGUGAAGCUGAACACCGGCAUCUCACCAGAGCGGAAAGGCGGAGGCUAGAGGCGGAGGCAAGGGCCCUGCAGGAGGCGAGUGCCGCAGAAAUGAAAUCUAUCGACGAGGAGAGGGCCGUCGCUAUUGAAGAAGCCCCAAUUCCGCUCGAAGGGACGGUGUCAGAGGAGGUGGAUGCCAGAAAUAUGGCGACGGCGCCCUCGGUUAACGACGCGGCUGAAGGAGUCGGUGUAUGCCCAGAAGUGGAGGAAGGAGUCUCGGAGGAGGGGUGCAUGGAACAAACACGAGUCGAGGGGGAGAGAAUAGCACAGGUCCCAAUUCCAGUCCAAGAACCAAUACCAGCGGAGCAGCCGGCACCGGUUGAGGACCAUCCGCAUGUCCGAGAACCCCCGUCAGUUAAGGAGCCAGCGCCAAUCGAGGAGUCCCCGUCAGUUGAGGAUCCAGCGCCAAUCAAGGACCCCCCGUCAGUUGAGGAUCCAGCGCCAAUCAAGGAGCCGGUAUCAGUCGAGAAACCAUCGCCAACCAAGAAUCCAGCGUCAGUCGAUGAGCCGGCGUCAGUAGAGAAACCAGCGCUGGAGGAGUCCAUGUCAGUCGACAAACCCACGACAGUUGAGGAGCCACCCCUGUCAGCUAUCCAGCCUAUCCAACCCACAGCAGUCGAAGAGCCGACACCAGUGCAAGAACAUACAGCAGCCGAGGAAUUGGUGACCCAGGAAAAACCACUAAUCGAGACACCAAAACCAACAUUAGUCAACGAACCGGCCCAUGUCCAAAAAGCGACAGCAAGAGAGGAGACGAAACCAGUGGGGAUGAAAAGGAGGAAAAAGCGGCAACAGGCGACAGAGCCAGAAGCUGAAAAGGCGAACGAAGCGGAAGUUGGGCCUGAGGAUGAGGGUCAGAAGACGAAGCGGGUGAAAGAGAGGGCGAGGUUGGAAGCGGAGACAAGCGCUGCCGUAGCUGCGGAGGAGAAUGCGAGGGAGGCAGAAGAAAAGUCUUGGGUCGUAGAGGUGGAGGAGAAGGCUAGGGUUGCAGCUGAGGUGGAGGAGAAUGUCAGGGCUGCGAGGGCUUCAGCAGAGGCGGAGAAGGCUAGGGUUGCAGCUGAGGUAGCAGAGAAGGCGGAGGAGGCGGAGGAGAAGGCUAGGACUUUACAGGAGGCUCAGAAGGCACAUGUCAUGAGAGCGGCGGUGGAAGCAAAGGCUGCGAAGGUCCAAGCCAGGUUGAAAGACCAGUCCAAGGUAGUAGAUAGAACCCUCAAACCUUGGGAGCUAUUUCCGACAGCAGGAAGCUUACUCGAGAAUCCGUGGGAGGAGUCAGCAGUACCCAGGAAGGCGAACAUUUCCGUGGCCCCCCGCCCAUCCAAGGUCGUUCCGCCAGUCCAACCUCAGGCUGUUGCUGUUGCGGUUGCCCAGACACUGUGGAAUCGGCUGGGAGGGCAUUAA